GUGCUGGACAGGCCCGGCCCCGACCUGCCCCGCGCGCCCCUGGCGGCAGCAUGCUGCCCGCCGCCGGCCCUCCGCGAGCCCUCGCAGCCCCCCGCGGCCGGGAGAAGACCCCCUGAAGCCCGCAGGUGAGCGCGGCGGCGGCCCCGGGGACCGGGCGGGGCCUGCGUGCCGCGCGCGCCUGCCCUGCCCCCGCGGCCGCCGGUGCCGGCCGGUCCCCGCCGCUGCCCGGGAUCGCGCCUCCCCGCCGGGCUCCCCCAGGAUGCUGCGGAGGCUGCUGGAGCGGCCCUGCACGCUGGCCCUGCUGGUGGGCUCGCAGCUGGCCGUCAUGAUGUACCUGUCGCUGGGCGGCUUCCGGAACCUCAGCGCCCUCUUCGCGCGCGACCAGGGCCCCACCUUCGACUACGCACACCCCCACGACGUGUACAGCAACCUCAGCCAGCUGCUGGGGCCCCCUCCGGUCUCCAGGGACCCGCCCGCCCCCCAGGACCUGCCCGACUGCCCGGAGCGAUCCCCGCUCCUAGUGGGACCCGUGUUCGUGUCCUUCAGCCCCAUCCCGUCCCUGGCCGAGAUCCUGGAGCGGAACCCCCGGGUGGAGCCGGGCGGCCGGUACCGCCCCCCGGGCUGCGAGCCGCACUCGCGCACGGCCGUCAUCGUGCCGCACCGCGCCCGGGAGCCCCACCUGCGCCUCCUCCUCUACCACCUGCAUCCCUUCCUGCAGCGCCAGCAGCUGGCUUACGGCAUCUACGUCAUCCACCAGGCCGGAAACGGGACGUUUAACCGGGCGAAGCUGCUGAACGUGGGGGUGCGGGAGGCCCUGCGGGACGAGCAGUGGGACUGCCUCUUCCUCCACGACGUGGACCUGCUGCCCGAGAAUGACCACAACCUGUACGUGUGCGACCCCCGCGGGCCCCGCCACGUGGCCGUGGCCAUGAACAAGUUUGGAUACAGCCUGCCGUAUCCCCAGUACUUUGGAGGCGUCUCGGCGCUGACCCCCGACCAGUACCUGAAGAUGAACGGCUUCCCCAACGAGUACUGGGGCUGGGGGGGUGAGGACGACGACAUCGCGGCCCGGGUGCACCUGGCCGGGAUGAAGAUCUCGCGGCCGCCCACGUCCGUGGGGCACUACAAGAUGGUGAAGCACCAGGUGGACAAGGGCAACGAGGAGAACCCGCACAGGUUCGACCUCCUGGUGCGCACGCAGCACUCCUGGACGCAGGACGGCAUGAACUCGCUGACCUACCGCCUGCUGGGCCGCGAGCGCCGGCCCCUCUACACCAACAUCACGGCCGACAUCGGCUCGGACCCGCGGCCGCGCUCCCCCGCCGGCCCCCGCUACCCGCCCGGCUCGUCCCAGGCCUUCCGCCAGGAGAUGCUGCACCGUCGGCCCCCCGCCCGGCCCGGUCCGCUGCCCACUGCCCCCCGCAACCAGUCCUCGCCUGGGUCCCGGGGUCGCUGACUGUGAAGGACACCG